GGAGACGAGCGGAGGCGGAUAACGACAUUGAUGGCAUGCUGGGGAUCACCACCCGUUGGGCCUGGUGUAGUUGGGGGCUGAACAUGGGAUUGGAUUGGGGGCUGCGGGAUUUAUCAUUGGCCGGUUGACAGCAGAAGCAAAGGUGAGUGCGGAAAGGUGGUAUGGCAUAGCAUGCCAUGGCUAGCAUAGCCGCCAUGGUGGCUCGAUGCCGAGAGCCUGUUCUUCUCAAUGCAAAGUCGAGUUCUACUUCAAAACACCGGCUCAGAUCACCUGCCAAGCGCAGGCCUUGCGCUCUUGGGCUCUUGGCGGCGCAGGCCAGGCCAGAGCAAUGGCCAGAAUUAGCACUGGCUUGUUGCGCUCUGAGAUGCGGAUUGCGGACCGACUAGGUACGCCUGCUGAGGCGCUAAACAACCACACUUCUCAUCCGCACGCUCUUCACACCUCACACUUCACACCUCACGCUUCACACUCCACACUUUACACUUCACACUUCACUCCCUGCUUGCUCCCUCCACUGUUCCAGCCCCAGGCCACGGCACUCCCCCUCUGAGCCAAUCGCCAGCCCACAAUUGCCGUGUGGUGUCGUGUGUAACGUCCGUGGCCCGUGCAAUAUCGUGUUCCCGUGUUCCCGUGUUCCCAUGCUCCCAUGCUCCCAUACUCCCAUGCUCCCUCCCAUGUUCUUACUCCGU